AUGCCUGGAAAAAGUAAUUCUAAGGAAAGGAGAGGUAUCAUGUUUCCUACACGGUACCUGAUGGCAUUAAUGGGUUCUGUUGGGCUCGCUAUCAUUUAUGGGUUCAAGGUAAACGUAAGCGUAGCGAUAGUGGCUAUGGUGAACCAUACUGCCGUGAGGCUAUCUUCGCUUCACAAAAUUGAAUCCGAUAAUGCAACUGCAAUUACCGUAGAGGAGUGUCAACAUGAUGGUUUGUCCCCUAAUAUAACGAAAACUGUCGUCGAGGAUGGACCAUUUGAAUGGAACGAACCACUGCAAGGUCUCAUUUUAUCGGCAUAUUUCUGGGGGUACAUGGUGUCCUUAUUGCCAGGUGGUAGAAUGGCAGAACUGUUGUCGGCGAAAUGGGUGAUGAAUGGAUCCGUACUUUUAAACUUAAUGGCGUCUAUACUGUCACCACUUGCUGCAAACCUCCAUUACUCACUUUUUAUCGUGAUGAGGUUUAUUCAGGGAAUUGGUGGAGGUGUAACAUUUCCUGCUAUGCAUGUUAUGAUUGCUAAAUGGGCUCCACCAAACGAAAGGAGCGUCCUUGCUUCGGUUGUUUAUGCAGGAACCGCCCUUGGUACCGUGAUUUCCAUUCUCCUAACGGGAAUAUUAGCCGCGAAUUUCGAAUGGGUAUGGAUAUUCUAUAUAGAAGGCGCCCUUUGCUUGAUCUGGUGUACUGCCUGGUGGAUAAUGAUCGAGGACAGCCCGGAAGAACAAAAGAGAUUUAUUAGCCAAGAGGAAAAAGAGUACAUCAUGCAAUCUUUAGGACACACUAAAAAUGACAGUGAAUCAAAAAAGUUACCAGUUCCAUGGGGAGAAGUAUUAAAAUCGAAACCAUUUAUCGCCAUUUUAAUUGCCCAUUUCUGCAGCAAUUUCGGCUGGUACAUGUUACUUAUUGAACUGCCCACAUUUAUGAAUCAGAUUUUGAAAUUCGACAUGAGUUCAAAUGCUGGCCUUUCUUCCAUGCCAUUUUUAUGUAUGUGGAUUUUUACUAUGGCUCUCAGCAAGGCUCUAGCCACUAUGCAAGAAAAUAACUUAAUCACGGUUACAGUAUCAAGAAAAAUUGGAACAUUGUUUUCAUCUGUUAUCCCUAUGGUCUGCUUAUUGGGAGUUUCAUAUGUUGGUUGUAAUAGGACAUUAGCUGUUACAUUGAUGACUAUCGGAGUCACUUGUAUUGGUGGGAUGUAUAGUGGAUUCCUAUCAAACCACAUUGACAUUGCUCCCAAUUUUGCUGGUACGCUUGUCGCUAUCACAAACUGUGUUGCCACUAUACCUGGUUUUGUAGUGCCUAUAUUUGUGGGAAAAUUGACACACGGAAAUCAAACUAUAGGAGCCUGGAGGACUAUAUUUUUCAUAACUGUAGGUUUGUAUAUAGUCGAAAUGUUAGUUUAUACUAUUCUGGGAAGUGGCGAGGAGCAACCUUGGAAUAAAAUGAAACCAACUGAUGAAGAAACAAGCGAUCAGACAUUACCACUAAAAGAAGAUAUUAAAAAAUAGCUUUCUUUUAGGAACAAAUAACUACUUAUUCAUUCGCAACACAUUUAUUCAUAGUAUUACUUUUUCCGCCUCCAUAUUUACAUAUAUUUUAAUUCAUUAUCAUGUAAAAAUUGAAAAAUUGUGUAAACAAUUAGUCCAAAAAUCAUGUCAUCUGUAAUG